GACACAUUUGCUGAGAACCAAGAGUUGGCUACAAGACAUUGCAGACUACCAGGAGUUGAAAUGGGUCUUCCAGCCGGGCUGUUGGAGUUCUUGGGGCCAGUAGGGUGGGGGGCAGCAGCGCUGGUAGGGGUGGUUAUAUUGAUUCAAGUGGUUAAAAAGAACAGAGAGGAGAAACAUUCUAUUUCUCCAGGAACUCACAAGUGUUUUGGUGACGAGAGAACACGGUUGAAGGAGGAAAAGUCGAAUGAAGCUUCUGGAAGAACUGGAAACUCUAGGAAGAAGAGAGUAGAACCGUGCCGUCAUGACGAACAUGAGGAUGACAUAAUAAAAGGUUACGGCCUUGGACAUGUUCACAAAUAUAAAGAUGACAAAAAAAUUCGACCAUCUUGGUGUGAUAAGGAGAAUGAAGGCAUUACAGAGGCAGACCAUAUUCCACCUAAAGAUUCUCUGAAGAAGGCCCUAAACAAUGUACGACUGGAUCGUCUCCUACAAGUGAAUCCAAGGCUUCAUGAGAUGAUCAUGAGCCUUGUUAAUGACCCAACUGGACAGAAACUGUUAACCAUGAGGGUUCUUUACCAGGAUCACAGAGAUGCUCUGACCACUGGUAGCAGCAAAGAAUCUAAAAUAUGCAGGUGGAUUUUGACACAAACAAUGCUAAGCGGAAAAGAUGAUUGUGCAGUAAAAAUGCUGGAGCAAGCUUUUAUCAUGGGUCAUCCUAUAGCUUCCCAGAUGCUCAGACAUGAUGCUGGAUUUGUUGACGCCGCACUACGUACCGAGGGUAAAGUUGACAUGUCUGAUGAAGGCACAAGGAGCUACUACAGAUAUGGCUACACUGACCUGGUCAAUGAAUAUCUCUACAAGGGGAUAAUCAACGAUGGUCAAGCAAAAGACCUCAAAAUAUGGGUGAAAAGAGAGAUGCACCUGGACCGGGAUACCCCAGAGUAUAAGGAGAUCCUUGAAGACAUUAAUGAUUUCUAUGACUGUUUUCAUAUGUUGUAGUCUUACUCUUACAGCAGUAUCCAAGGGGAAAGAAUCAAAAGUAUACCUUCCAUCACUUAUCGAUCAUAUUUUGGAGUAGCCUACAAUUUCAUGAAUUUCAUGUUGAUAAUCUAAUUUUAUAAUUAUAAUGUUUUGCUUUACAACAUCAUUGGUUGAUCCACAGAUGUUGCCAUCUCUAUUGCACUCCACACUGCCCUUUCCCACCUGGACGAAAGGAACAUCUAUGUGAGAAUGCUGUUCAUUGACUACAGCUCAGCGUUCAACAC